AUGAAAAGUUAUUACCUGGGCACAGAUGGACAGUGCUAUCCGCAAAAUGCUUUAGUAUGUCCCACGGAGGAACCGACGACAACAACCACGGAACCACCACCACCUCCGGUUCCACCAAGAGUUGAACGUCCAGUCGAACUGGCGCGCUGUCCGCCCGGCUCGAUCUUCUUCGAGGAGCAAUGCCGGAGGAUUGUCUGCACGGAGGGUGAAUACUACGCAGGGCGCUGCCUGUUGCCGGCUUGUCCGGCUGGCACCGUGUGGCAUGGCGGGAGCUGCCAGGAGCCGGGGUAUAUAACCACUAUACUGGAGAUCGACAAUGUGAUCCGGAACCAGCACGAGUAUACGGUGGCCACCGAGAACAUUAACCGUGUGGAGUACUCCACACUCCCCCCAUACGAUGAGGCGUACGACAAGAGCUACGAUGCCACCACCAGGCAUGAGGAAUCCAACGAUAUAAUAAUAACAACCACAAAGAGACCAUGGCUUUAUCCUACAGGGCAACCAACGACUAUGGCGCUUCCGCCGACAUCCGAAGUGUUUCCGGGCCGGAAUCCUCCGCCGGGCUGCUGUUUGGUAAAGAGUCCCCGGAUCUGCAUCAACUACGCGCCCAACUGGGUCUGCUCCAGCCGGGAGCGUAAGUUGUGCGAUCCCCGGGUCUGCACCAACUCGGUGAUCUAUCUCAAGCCGCCGCAGAUUGUCGAAAGCGAGAACCGACGACGCCUCGUGAUGCCGCCCAAUCCUCCGCUGCAGGCCUGCAGUACGCCCGAGUGCAAGGAGAGCGAAUUCCUGGACUGCUCUGGCUGCAAGCACGACCAGCGGGACAAAUGCUCACCGAGCUGCUACAGCUACUACUGUCCCAACGGCAGCUGCUCCUUCAUGAACUCCCAGGACUAUUGCGGCAUCUAUCCCAGCGGAUUCGGCUGUAACGCCGACGAUGGUUGCAUCUGGGACUGGUGCCACAAGAAGUGCUAUUAA